AUGAACCACGCCAGGCCUCGCUAUGUCAUCGAACGCCCCGCGUAUUCGGUCAGCCUCUUCGAUGAAGAGUUUGAGAAGAAAAGCAGAAGUUACCCCAUCGGGGAAAAAUUGAACAAUCUCUUCAGAUGUUCCACUUCCAGAUUAAAACACACCUUCUUUAGCCUAUUCCCAAUACUUGUGUGGCUUCCCAAGUAUAAAAUUAAGGACUACAUUUUGCCUGAUGUUCUCGGCGGGCUCAGUGCGGGGACGAUUCAAGUGCCACAAGGGAUGGCCUUCGCGCUGCUGGCCAACCUGCCUCCCGUCAACGGGCUCUACUCCUCCUUCUUCCCCUUGGUGACAUACCUCUUCCUUGGUGGCAUCCAUCAGAUGGUCCCAGGUACUUUCGCAGUCAUCAGCAUUAUUGUUGGCAACGUCUGCAAUGAGCUGGCUCCGGAGUCGGACUUCCAGUACUUCAACCAUACUACCAACGAGACCAGCGUGAAUACCACAGCCCUGGAAGCGGCCAGGCUGGAGAUCUCUGCCACGUUAGCCUGCCUGACAGCCAUCAUACAACUCUGCCUGGGAUUCGUGCAGUUUGGCUUUGUCGCUAUCUACCUCUCCGAGUCUUUCAUCAGGGGCUUCAUGACAGCGGCAGGGCUGCAGAUCCUCAUCUCCGUGCUCAAGUACGUCUUCGGCUUGACAGUCCCAUCUUACAACGGCCCCUUAGCUAUCGUCUAUACAUUCAUUGAUAUUUGUAAAGGUCUGCCCCAUACCAACGUGGCCUCCCUGGUCUAUGCCUUGGUCAGUGCCGUGCUCCUGAUCAUCGUCAAGGAGCUCAACCUAAAGUACAUGAAAAAGAUCCGGAUGCCCAUCCCCAUGGAGAUCAUCAUCGUAAUAGUUGCGACUGCAAUCUCUGGCAGCUUUAAGAUGCCCGAGAAGUACCACAUGCCAAUCGUUGGGAAGAUCAGCAUGGGGUUCCCAGAGCCCACCCUGCCCAUGGUGGACAAGUGGAAAGACAUGGUUGGCACAGCUUUCUCGCUCGCCAUCGUGGGCUACGUGAUCAACCUGGCCAUGGGGAGGACGCUGGCAGCCAAGCAUGGCUAUGACGUGGACCCCAACCAGGAAAUGCUGGCCUUGGGCUGCAGCAACUUCUUUGGAUCCUUCUUCAAAAUCCACGUGAUCUGCUGUGCUCUCUCCGUCACUCUGGCCAUCGAUGGGGCAGGAGGGAAAUCACAAGUAGCAUCUUUCUUUGUGGCCUUGGUAGUUAUGGUGACCAUGCUGUCUCUGGGGAUCUACCUCGAACCUCUUCCCAAGUCCGUCCUGGGAGCCCUCAUCGCGGUCAACCUGAAAAACUCCCUCAAGCAGCUGGCUGAUCCCUUCUAUCUGUGGAAGAAGAGCAAGUUGGACUGCCUGGUCUGGCUGGUGAGCUUCUUCUCCGCUUUCUUCCUGAGCCUUCCCUACGGAGUCGCUGUGGGAGUGGGAUUUUCCGCGCUGGUCGUGAUUUUCCAUACCCAGUUCCGUAACGGCUCUGCCCUGGGCCAAGUCACUUCCACCGACAUCUACAAGAACCCCAAAGCCUACAACAAGGUACACGAACUUAAUGGGAUUAAAAUCGUGACCUACUGCUCGCCACUGUAUUUUGCCAACUCAGAGAUAUUCCGCGAGAAGAUUAUAGCCAAGACAGGGGUGGAUCCUGGCAAAGUGUACUUAGCCAGGAAGAAAUAUGUGAAACAGCAGAAGAAGGGGACAGCACAACCACCAACAAAGCUACCGAAGUUCUUAUUGAGGCAGAACAAGACCUUGUCUUUGCAAGAGCUCCAGAAAGACUUCGAAAGCACCUCUCCCACCGAUACCAACAACAACCAGACGACUGCCAACGGCGCCAGCAUCUCCUACAUCACCUUCCGUCCACCCACUAACAGUGAGGGACAAGUGCACACCCCCAGUGAACUGGGCAGCACCAUGACCCUGCAAGGAAGCACCCUGAGCGUCCUGCCGAGAGCAGAUGCUGACCCUAUGAUGACAGGACCGCCCUACGUCAACUUUCACACCAUCAUCCUGGACAUGAGUGGAGUCUGUUUUGUUGACCUCAUGGGCACAAAAGCACUGGGCAAGUUGUGUUCCAGUUACCAGAAGAUUGGGAUUAAAGUGUUCUUGGCAAACGUGCAUGCCCAGGUGUACAACGACAUUAGUGCAGGUGGAGUCUUCGAGGAAGGAGGCCUGGACCGAAACCACAUCUUCCUGACGAUCCACGACGCUGUUCUGUUUGCACUGGCAAACAGCAGAGAAGUUGUCCACCCGCCCAUCUUAGAGGAGAGGCCAAAUCAGACAGAGCUCUCCAUCUACGAGUCUGCGGACGAAAGCAGCACGGAGUUCAAGAACUUGGAGGAGGAGAUGUUUGGAAGCAUGUUCCACUCAGAGACGCAGACAGCUCUGUGAGUGCACAGGGAGCCUCAGCGUGCGGGCAAACCCUCCCGAACAGACUCCUCUCUCCCCUCCCUCGGUGAAGAGCUGCGCCUCUACCUGGGGAUACAAUAAGUUUGCAAAGCAAGAGGCCAUCACACCUCUUGAACUGAUAAAUUCCUCCCUCCUUUCUGCUCCGCUUCUGGGAUUCAGAGCAAUGGACUCUGGAGCAGGCAACAGAAACCUAUGGAAGCAGGAACUCAGGAAAUGCCAUCUCAUUAAUUACAGAAGAGAAGCGAGUUCAUUUGAAGGCAGGUGCCUUUAACACAUGGGACAAUUAGUCACCAUUGCCAAGUGCUCUCCUUUGUCUGCCAUAACCACACUCUUCUGCCCACGCAGACAUGACGCAAUUUGGGCAUCCCCGUUCUCGCCUUUCCCUCUCCCUCUUUUCCCGACACAAGCAAACAUUAAGAGCCUUUCACGGCUUUGUUGCAGGACCAAAAGCAAGUCUUGCAAGUUGGGGAGACACAGCUUUGUAAGGUAAUGCUGUUCUGAAGCGUGCACUGCCCUGCGGGGGGUCUGCACAGCAAGUGCAAACCCCAAGUUUCCCCCCUGGCACCAGCCCUGCCUCUUCUGUGGGUCCCCCUUCUCGGACCCCUCCGCCGCUCCUUCUGUGUCCCCCAAACUGCUGCCUCACACCUCUGCCAUAUUUCUCAUCCCCCAAAGACCUCCAUACUCUAUCUCAGCCAGGCUACUUUCUGGUUCACAUCUAUUUUUUUCUUACAAAUAGGACGAGUUUGUAAUCAGAAAGAAGGGUUCCUUGUUACUGUGUUACUGCCGGGCCAGUGGGUUGAGUCCGUGUUCAAAGGACCCAGGGUCUGGUUCAAAUCCCCUCUGAAGUUUUUUAGGGAUCUUUCUACGGACUGAACAGCGUUUCAGAUAAAGCUCUUAGACUGUGAGUGGCAUGAAAGCAUUCACCCCAAGGGUGUUCCGACUCUUCCCAUCCUCCUCUUGACGGGAACAACUAGAAGAUUUAGUCCAGAGCAUGGAUGAGUGCUUCGGGGAGAUACCUUUUUCCCAAAUCAUUUUGAUCACAAGUAGCAAAUUCAGGGACAGGGAAGGAAGCCCCUCCCACACACUUUUCAUAAUGCCUCAGACUCAGAGCAGUAAAACUGAAAUUAGAGCGUAUUUUAUGCCUGCAACUAGGGAACAGCCCAAGUGACAGGCUGGGCUACGCAGGGCUUCCAGUGACAAGCUCUCAAAUGGUCACUUGUGCAGCAAGAGACAACUCUUGUACAGUACGUGAUAUUUCCAUAACAAUUCCCUACUAUGUGCUUGAUGAUUUUCAUUAAAAUUCACCACAGACUGACGCCACCAGGACCAUCUACCUCUCAGGCACAGAUGCCUGCCUCACUAACCCAGAGACAGACAGCUGAGAUCUUAAUCAUUUCUAAAAACCUGACGUUCUUUUAUAUUUGAGUGAUGCUAAUAACAACUGCUAUUUUAGUUUCCCUCGCUGAUGCCUUCCCUCCUCACCCAGUGCUGAUGUUGUGACAGUAAUGACAAGAUGACAAUAUAUAGCCUGAAAAAUCUAAGCAUAAGCCAAGGGUUAGAGACCCUUCUUCAGUGCAUUUCAAAUAUGGCUUUUAUGAAAAUAAGGUUAUAAAAAAUUUAAGAUAAAGACAUGUACUGGUAUGUCUUCAACUGCAAUGAGAACAAUUUCUUUUGUUGGAAUUUCAAAUCUUCCUACCAGGUAUUUCCAGCACUCGGCUAAAAUGCAAGAAUCUACAAGAAAAGCUGAAUAGUAAUGGAAGUAAAACUGGAGAGUCUGUUAUCUUUCCAUGAAUGCAAAAAAUAAAGAGUGGCCUUAAUAAUAAAAGUAAAUUAUAUUUUUAAAGGUUAUUUCUAUUUUAUUACUUGAAAAAAAUUGAAAAUAUUAGCAAGCUUUAAUGUACAGUUUUGAAGUAGGUAUACAUUAUUGAGCUGAUUCACUAGCAAAUUGCUAGAAGGAGAGAAAGUGGGGCUCUCCUACAGCUCCCAGAUGUCUCAUUUUUAAGGAAAACAGAGCUUCAUGAACCAUCAUAGCUAGACAGCCAUUAAAGGAAACAUCAGGACCCUGCCAGUUUGGUUUUAUGUAACACCUCAUUAACUAAACUAAGUCACCAUUUCUCUACCUCAGUUUCUGAUUAUGUGGUGCAGGAGAGAGUAAUAAAACCAAAGGAGGUUAGUUUCCAAAAGGAAAACCCCGCUACCUAAUGUUUAUUACUUAUUUUAAUCUUAGACAGCAGUGAUUUUUCCAGAACCAUGUAUAGCUUGUUCUAUAAGGUAAAAUCAAGAGAUUAAUUCUCUUAAAUUAUCUUUGAGGGUGAUUACUCACGGUCUUUUGUUACUGCCUGAGAACUCCUUUUACUUGCUCAUUUGAAAAAAAAGCAACAAGGAAAUUGGUGCAACGGAACGAGAAACUGUCCUACAGUAGCUAAUCAAUAUUUCUGCAUCUCUGAGGUGGCAUCACAUAAAAUGAGGAAAAUUCCAAUUUCCAGUCCUUCAUUCAAGGUUAAUUACAGGAGGCUGAUUUCACCAUCUCGAGGCCUGACAGGCCAAACGCAGGAAGCCUCAGAGCAACAGACCAUGUAUAAAAAAUAGAUUGUAUUUCUUGAAGUUCCUACAAGCAUAAUGGAUGGGAUGUUAAAAGAGAGGGUUGAAAGUAGCUGCACCGAUUCUGCUCUGCGAUUCCGGUGACCCGGGAAGAAGGAUACUUCAUUUCUGUAGCCACGGGCCAAUUCUGGCAAUAAGUGUAACAUUGAUGGGCAAAUGGCAUUGCUUGGAAGAACAAUGUGGCCCGUUCAAAGCCUUAAUUUCCAAGUGCCCAGGCAAGAAAAUUAGGGAAGCUCAAAUUCAUGCUGGGGUAGAAAAACUUUGAUUUCCAGUGUCCCUUUAUUGCUGUAAAAGUAACCGUGAUGUGGAUGUGUAAUGGCUCUGAAGUCUUACUUGGUAAACGCAUGAUGUAUAACCAGCUCAGAAAUGUCUGUAAUUUAUUUAAUUUAAUAUUGGUUUCGUUCUUUUUUGAUAAUAAAGAAUGUGCGAACAAUCAU